AUGAUAGUAGAAGAACCCAUAUUUCAAAUAAAUAUUGUUGUUCUUGGAGAUUCAAAGGUUGGUAAAACUGCAUUGUUAAUGACGUAUUGUGAUAGAAGAUUUCCUCAUGACUAUAUCCCUAUUAUGUUUGAUGGAAUCGCAGUAGUUAGGACAUACAGAGGAGAUCAAUAUCAUAUAGUAAUAAAAGAAUGUUCUGGAAUGAAAAAUUAUAAAUAUCUUAGGAGGAGUUUAUAUAUAGGUGCUGAUUUCUUUGUCAUAUGCUAUUCUGUUAAUAACCCUAAAUCCCUCAGUAGUGCUGAAACUAUUUGGGCACCUGAGGUUCAUCGCCAAAACCCAAAUGCACCAAUUAUUCUUGUUGGAACAAAAACAGAUUUAAGAAAUAAAGAAAAUGGACAAGAACUAGUGAAAGAGGAUGAAGGAUAUGAUGUUGCCAAAAGAAUUCAAAGUAGGUUCUAUAUAGAAACAUCUUCUCUACAUAAUGAAAAUAUAACAGAAUUGUUUAAUGGCGUAUUUGAGAUGUUUAGACCACAGAAUAGAAGAAGAUGUGUUAUUUUUUGA